UAUUCCUUUUCAUUUCUUCUUGUCUCACUUUGUUGGAAUACUAACCCAAAACUUUCCCCUUCCUUCCCAUUUCUCUCUCCCAUUCUUCUUCCUCAGAGUUUCUCCAUCACUGUAAAGCACUAAAAAAGCUUCAAAUUCCAUGUCAAUCCAAAUUCGUUAAGUAAAUUUUAGUUCGUUCAUCAUGAUUUCCAGAUUUUUCAGGCAUUUUCCGGUUUAUCGAAUCUUCUCCAAUCCUUCAUCUCGCCGUUCUCUUAUAGGCGCUAAUCACACCUCCGCCAGAUUCUGCUCUAAAUAAAGUCUUCGUUAAUCCUUUUUUUUUUCCUUUCAAUUUCACUGAAAAAAGCUACAAAACUUACAUUAUUCUGAUUUCUGACAAUUAUAACUUUAUUCUUUCUGGAAUUGUAAAGUAGUUUUCAAUUUAUUUGUGAAUUUUUUUUAUUUUUUUUGAAAUGAAGAAGUUUCCUCACACAGCAGAAACAGUAUUAAUGGAGUCACCUACGAAGCCAGGUUCUCUACGAAACUUCUUGGUGAAGGUUUUGGUAUUUUGUGUGUUCAUUAUCUGUUUUCGAUUCGCAUACAUUGUUACCAUUCGAGGUGAAUCCUGCGAUGUUGGAGAUUUCUGCUUUUUCUCUUUGCCGGAACCGUUUAAACUCGGCGGAACCGUCGGUUCAGCUACUGACGACGUCGUUUCCGUUGAUCGGGAAAGCUCACCCUAUACCAACGAAAAAUGGAUAAAAUCUGUUCAAUCUUACUCUUCGAUUUUCCAAGAUCUAAUUACCGAAGGUUUUCUCUCUCCAAAAUCGAAAUCUCUUUGCGUUGAUACGCAAUUGGGUCAGGAGGUGUUUGCUUUGAGAGAACUCGGAGUUUCUGGUGCCAUUGGUGUGUCGAAAAAAGCGUCGAAGCCUCUGGUUGUCUCACUCAAGAAUUCUGGUCGCCGUCAGCCUUUUGAUGAUAAUACCUUUGAUUUCAUUUUCUACGGCAGUGAUGGAAGAAUAGACAAAUUGAACAAAUAUUCGGAAGUUUCUGAAGAAAUUGGAAGGACUUUGAAGCCCGAAGGGUAUGUAGUAGUCCAUACAAGAACAAAUGACACUUAUAGUUUACAUUCCUUUAUUGCUUUAUUCAAUUGUUGCACAUUUAUUAAAUCUCGUGAAAUUCAAGGUUUUGUUGAUGGUGAAAAUGGUGGUGAAAGUGUUGCAUUACGAGAGAUUGUGAUGAAGAAAGAAGAUUUUACUUACAAUCAUGGUUCUUUAUACUGGAGUAACGAGUGUUCUAUUGUUCCGGGGUAUAAGCAAGAGAUUGUUUGGAAAGCCGAGGAAUUGAUUAAGAAGGAACCACUGAAACCUUGGAUUACGUUGAAAAAGAAUAUACAGAAUAUUAAGUAUUUGCCAUCAAUGGUGGAUAUUAGUUUUAAGAGUAGGUAUAUAUAUGUAGAUGUAGGAGCUAGGAGUUACAGUUCAAGUAUUGGGAGCUGGUUUAAGAAGCAGUAUCCGAAACAGAAUAAGACAUUUGAGGUUUAUGCGAUUGAGGCGGACACAUCUUUUCAUCAGGAGUAUGAGGCUAAAAAGAAACAAGUGAAAUUGCUGCCUUAUGCUGCUUGGGUGAAGAAUGAGACAUUGUUUUUCGAGAUUAAUCAUGAUCCUGGGGAUGAUCCGGAGGAGAAAGGGAGUAAAGGGAGAGGAAUGGGAAGGAUUAAGCCAAUCCAAUCACAUGAUGGAGUUUCCAGUGGUGUUGAUAAGAUUGUAGGGUUUGAUUUUGCUGAAUGGUUGAGGGCAACUGUGACUGAAACAGACUUUGUUGUGAUGAAAAUGGAUGUUGAAGGGACAGAAUUUGAUCUCAUCCCAAGGCUGUUUGAGACUGGGGCUAUUUGUCUGAUCGAUGAGAUCUUCCUCGAGUGUCACUAUAAUCGAUGGCAGCGAUGUUGCCCUGGAGAACGAAGUUCUAAGUACGAAAAGACAUACAAUCAAUGCUUGAAUCUGUUUACUUCCCUCCGGGAGCGUGGCGUUCUUGUUCAUCAAUGGUGGUGAAUAUUUGGUAAAAUCACAAGAACCAUACUUGAAUGUUCAUGUUGCUUUCUUUAUGUAUUGUCAAAUGCUUUGUUUACCGGCAAUUCGGUUCAUGUCAAACCUAGUCCCAUACAGUUGAUUAUCGAUAAAGUUUGUUUGGAAAGGUUUAUUUGAUAGUAAAGAAUUAUAUCUUCCCAGUUACAACAUAUUCUUUGAUUGGUCUCCUAUACAUUGUUGUUUAUCUUUUACUAAAAUGUAUUUAUUUAUGUAUGAUGAAAUUAUAUAUACUGCUGGUCUCGUUGAUGGAUUUUGCACCAAAUGUUCAUACUUAAUUUGUUCGGAAGCAACUUUUUGUUAUUAUAAGCAUUGAGAUGAGGGGAUGAUCUACGGCAGCAGUAUGUUAUGGAUUCCUGUAUUUCUGUACUUCUUUUCUUCAUCACUAGUAAUUUGUCUCUUGGGAUGACAAGCAGCCAAUAUGGGGUAAUUGUUGAUUCUUUCUAGUCUUCCUACACAGUAAUGAUCGGUACAGCGGCUUGAACCAUGUUUUGUGACCUAAGUUUCCCAUUCCCUUUUCCAGAUAACCACAGAAAAUGAAAGUUGGUAAAAGAAAAAAAAAGUAAUUGAUGUUUGAUGCUUUGCUGAAAUUGAUUCCCAACACUUUCAAUUUGUUUAGUGGAGAUCUCUUUUCACUGUUUGUUUCAUUGCUAUUCAUACCAACUCCUUUUAACUUCGGUGAUGUUAUAUUUUUUCUCAUUAGUCAUUUUCUAAAGCACAGCCCUUGGGAUUCAGAUGUAUUGUUCUUGUAUUUAUUCAUUCCAUUGUUUUUUCUGUGUCUUCGAGUUGUUCCCCUGACUGAGGUGGAUCGAAAAUGACUGUUAACUGCUGUGGGACGAAAGAUCCAUUGGGGGUAAUGUAAUGUUGUUGUACUAUUAGAUGCAAGAGUUGGUUGCGUGACUGUGACAUAGAAUUUAGAAUGUUGGUUCUUUUUUAAAGACUACAUUGCUAUGCUUUUCAAGCCUUCCCUAUACUGAUAUUUUCCUUCUUGAUUGCUCAUGUUUUCCUGUAGAAUUGCGACUACCCGAUAGUCGAUAUUGAUGGCAGAUUUUUGAUAACCAAUUACAUUGAAGAGUAAGGAGUGGUUUUUCAUUCAGUCUUGGACCUAAAUAGCUGGCAGUGAAAGGAAAAGGUUGAAAUACAAUAGAGGUGGUGGGGGUUGGAAAAUUGGUUGUGUAUGAAACUUUUAUGAAAAGGAUUGUCUUUCGGUUGUGUGGUCCUUGCAUUUAUUAUUACCUUGUUUUCAUUUAGAUGUGGUGAGUUUUAGCUUAAAUAGUUGAAUUAAAUUCUAAUAUUUUGUCUAACUUAGCUGAUUAUGUGAAGUUAUAGAUGAUGUUUGUUGAUAAGAAUCGACGUGAGAUAAGCUUGUUUAUCACUCUACAUUCCAUUUGUUGAUAAUGAUAUUGGAAUGAUGAAAUGUUGUAAGAUAGCUAAUUAUGCUUGUGACUUGUGACUUUGUGAGUUUGGGACAUGUGAUAUUUCUGAUGUGAUUAGUUGAUGGAUUAGGCUUUUGUAUUGUUCC